CAUGUUUGACCAAGGUUUGACUUCUUCAGUUCACUCGCGUCUCGUUCCAAGUCCCUAUGAUGAUGAUGACCCACCACCUUUUGACAUAAUGUAGUUAUGUGAAACAUAAUAGAGAGCUUGACUAUUAACUUCAAUGACCACCGAUUUGGAACACCGUUUCUCUGUAACUCUUUAGCAGACUGUGGUCAUGUCCAGACCCGGUCAUUGGCCAAGGAUUAAUGAUUGCGACACGCGUGGGCUUACAACUUUUAGUAACAUUACAGUCGCAGCCUGCCUUCAGAACUCAUCCAACUUUGAAAGGCUCUGUUGUCUUUUAUAUGAAAUUAUUUAUUUGUAUAUACUUACCUAAGUGUUAAUUAACUAAACAGUGAUGGAUGUGCGAUUUAUUUUUGGUCUGAUAGUGGUUUUAGCAGCAUCCAACCACCAAUCAGCCUCUGUGUCCGUGAAACCCACCCUCUGUCCAACCAAUAAGAUCGCGCCCCACCGUCGGAUAGCCAAUAGUGGUACCCUCGGGUACUUCGCAGAGUUGUUCAACGACAAUCGUCUGCAGAAUGAUGCCCCUAGUGCUCUUCAGGAGCAGCCUCAAGAGGAUGACCCCACUGAUUGCGGGGAUAUUGAGGAUUAUGAUGAGACUGACUUAAGUUCUAUCACACCUCAAAGGAAACGAGCCUUCACAGAGAACGCAGAGAACAGAUGGUUCUUCAAUUUUGGUGGUCCGACUAGACCACCUCCCAACAGACCACAACGACCAGAAUAUAUACCCAACCAACCUCAAUACCCACCCAACACGCCGCAAUACCCUCCAAACAGGCCACAGGGACCUUAUUACCCACCCAAUUCCGAUCCAAAUCGUCCGCAAAGACCGGAAUAUCCACCGAACAGACCGCAAAGACCCGAGUAUCCACCAAAUAGGCCACAAAGACCAGAAUAUCCUCCAAAUAGGCCGCAAAGGCCAGAGUUUCCGCCGAAUAGGCCACAGAGGCCGGAUCGGCCACCGCAUCCUCCGUAUGGGUCUGGAGGCAUCUUCGGCGGCAACCAACACCGUCCACCGCCGUAUCAGGAUCAAUACCCAUCAGAAAAUGUAAAACCAGUUUACGAAGAAGGCCAGGAGCCGGCAGCAGUGACAAGCAAUUAUAGCCCCUCUGUAGUAGGAGGGUCGCUGGGUCAAAUAGUCGGAGUUUCCCCGGCCAGACCCACACAGGCACCGGAUAUCCGGCCCACUACGUAUAGACCAGUCAGAUUUGACCCGGGACCAAACAACAACAGAGAUAGGCCAGAGAGAAGAGCGAACGGUAGUAAUACUAUUUUAGGCUCGUUCUUUGAUUUGUUAUUUAGGUAAAUAAAGUGUUAUGUAUGUUGUAAUU